GCCGGACAGCCGAGUCCGGGGUCAGUGGUGUGAAAUGCGAAGUCGCACUCCUCCCCACCUCCCUUACCAACAUCUCCUUCUGAAUAUCUUCCGCUCAUCCAACCAGCCACAUUUUUGCUUCAUCUAUACGUAAAUCAUGGCGACUGCACAAGGAGGCAGUUGGUUGCCCCCACUUCCGGAGAGCUUCGACCUGAGCAAGCAAAGUAUUGCUGUGCCCAAUUCUGCUGAGGAAGGCUACACUCCCAUUUACCGUAAUUCGGCUGUGCCCUAUCUUGAGACUACCGAGACGUACUACGACGUCUUCAACAUCGGACGCGAGAAGUCUCAUGAUCGGCCUUUCUUGGGAUGGAGGGCUUUUGACACCGCGAAGGGCACCUUCGCCGCCGAGUACUCCUGGAUCACUUACGACGAGGUUGAGGAGAGGAGGACCGCCAUUGGAUCUGGUCUUGCUAAUCUCGCAUCUUCCGGAGCACUGGGCAUUCAGCUGCCCCAGACGCACUGGACCGUCGGUAUUUGGUGUCAGAACAGGCCUGAAUGGCAAAUCAUCGAUCUGGCUAAUGUCGCUCACACCCGUCAAACCGUAUCCUUGUACGAUACCUACGACGAUGCAUCGGCGAUCUAUGUGCUGGACCAUUCGGAAGCAAAGGUCGUCUUCACCACGACGUCGCACAUCUCAACACUCCUGAGCGCACGAGACCAGCUUCCUCAUCUGCGAGCGAUUAUCCUCCUUGACCUGACUCCAGGCGCUGUCCUCCCUGAAACUGAGCUCUCCCGACAGCAGCUUGCACGUCAAUGGGCCGCUUCUAAGGAUGUCCUGCUUCUCACCUUUGACGAAGUGCUCGCCUCGGGUCGCAAGAACCCAGUCGCGCACUCCCCUCCCAAGGACUCCAGCGAGAUUGCUAGCUUCUGCUACACUUCCGGUACCACUGGCAAGCCCAAGGGAGGCCUCGUCGCCAACCACCAGCUUGCUCUGGCUUCUGCUUGCACUCCUCUCAUCGGAUUCGCCUCCAGUCAGGACGAAUUGCAGAUCAGCUAUCUCCCCCUGGCCCACAUCUACGAGCGUUUCCUCGAGACUGUCAUGAUGAGGAUGGGUGCUCGUAUCGGAUACUUCUCCGGUGAUGUCACCCGUCUCCUCGAAGAUGCUCAGUGCCUGAAGCCGACUCUCUUCCCUGGUGUGCCUCGAGUCUUCAACCGAAUCGCAUCUCAGAUUCAGUUCCAGAUGGAGGGUACUUCAUUCAAGAGCAAGCUCUUGAAGAGGGCAGUAGACGCCAAGGUCUACUAUCAUGACAUAGACGGAUCGGUAGAUCACGCCUUCUGGGAUCGACUGGUGUUCAAGAAGGUCAAGGCCCUCUUGGGAGGCAAUGUGAAAGCCAUUGUCAGUGGCUCAGCUCCUCUGCGUCCCGAUGUCCUGAAACUCCUCCGAGUCUGCUUUGGCGUUGAUUUCCGAGAGGGUUACGGAUCUACCGAGAACACUGGAUGUUGCACUAUCAUGAUGCCCGGAGACAAGAACCUGGGAUCGGUGGGACCUCCUCAGCCGGGUCAGGAGAUCCGACUGAAGGACUGCCCCGAGCUGGGCUACCGAGCUACCGAUAAGCCCUGGCCGCGAGGUGAGCUGCUACACCGUGGUCAGACUCGCUUCCCCGGUUACUACAAGGACCCCGAGAAGACCAAGGAGACCGUCGAUGAGGGCGGCUGGCUGCACACAGGUGACGUUGCGGCUUAUGAUGACCAAGGUCGAAUCAGAAUCGUGGACCGAGUCAAGAACCUGGUCAAGCUCGCGCAGGGAGAGUACGUGGCCAUCGAGAAUGUUGAGCAGGUACUGAGCGCCAACAAGUUCACCGCUCAGACCUGGCUCUACGGUGAUUCUUUCCAGGCUCAUCUGGUCGCCGUUGCCGUUCCCGACCCAGAGACCUUCGCGCCUCUGGCCUCGUCAAUCUUGGGCAAGACCAUUGCCCCCACCGACAUCUCCGCCUUGGCCCAGGCUUGCGACGAUCCAAAGGUGGUCAAGGCCGUACUCGCCGAAUACACCAAGACGGCCCGAGCAGCCAAGUUGGCUGGCUAUGAGUUCAUCAAGGCUCUCAAGCUGCGUGUGGAGCCGUUCAGCAUUGAGAACGGCCUGCUGACCCCUACGUUCAAGAUGAAGAGGCCAGAAGCGAAGAAGGCGCUCAUCAAGGAGUUGGAUGCUCUGUAUGCUCAGGAGCCAGCUGAAACCUCGUCGAAGCUCUAGAGCCCUCGCGAGUUCGACAAAGAAGCGGUAUGCUGAUGGGAGGUGCGGGAUGCUCUUGCUUUAGAGCGCCUGUUCUAUGACAUUUUGCC